CAUGAUGGCGGCGGCGCUGGGGCCCCCAGAAGUGAUCGCUCAGCUGGAGAACGCGGCCAAAGUUCUGAUGGCACCACCUUCCAUGGUCAAUAAUGAACAACGCCAACAUGCAGAGCACAUAUUCUUAUCAUUUAGAAAAUCAAAAUCACCAUUUGCAGUUUGCAAGCAUAUUUUGGAAACUAGUAAAGUGGACUAUGUCCUUUUUCAAGCUGCCACAGCCAUAAUGGAAGCAGUUGUCCGAGAGUGGAUUCUCUUGGAAAAAGGUAGCAUCGAGUCACUGCGAACAUUCCUUUUAACCUAUGUCUUACAAAGGCCUAACCUCCAGAAGUAUGUUCGGGAACAGAUUCUAUUAGCCGUAGCAGUAAUUGUAAAACGAGGAUCAUUAGAUAAAUCAAUUGACUGCAAAAGCAUUUUUCAUGAAGUCAGCCAGUUGAUAAGUAGUGGCAAUCCCACUGUGCAAACACUGGCCUGUUCUAUUUUAACUGCACUAUUGAGUGAAUUCUCAAGUUCAAGUAAAACUAGCAACAUUGGACUGAGUAUGGAAUUCCAUGGUAACUGCAAGAGAGUAUUUCAGGAAGAAGACCUUCGUCAGAUCUUCAUGUUAACUGUUGAAGUUCUGCAGGAGUUCAGCAGGCGGGAAAACCUCAAUGCGCAGAUGUCUUCAGUGUUUCAGCGUUACCUUGCACUCGCCAAUCAAGUCUUGAGCUGGAACUUUCUUCCUCCAAAUUUGGGCAGACAUUAUAUAGCUAUGUUUGAAUCCUCACAAAAUGUGCUGUUGAAGCCAACAGAGUCCUGGCGGGAGACUCUUCUGGACAGCAGAGUUAUGGAACUUUUCUUCACAGUACAUCGAAAAAUCAGAGAAGAUUCAGAUAUGGCACAAGAUUCUUUACAGUGCCUUGCCCAGUUAGCUUCUCUUCAUGGACCCAUCUUCCCAGAUGAAGGAUCACAAGUUGAUUAUCUAGCACACUUCAUUGAGGGAUUGCUGAAUACUAUCAAUGGAAUUGAAAUAGAAGAUUCUGAAGCUGUAGGAAUCUCCAGCAUUAUCAGCAACCUGAUAACUGUGUUCCCUCGAAAUGUUUUAACUGCCAUUCCCAAUGAACUUUUCUCCUCCUUUGUUAACUGCCUCACACACCUCACUUGUUCUUUUGGGCGAAGUGCUGCAUUGGAAGAAGUGCUUGAUAAGGAUGAUAUGGUAUACAUGGAAGCAUAUGAUAAGUUGUUGGAGUCCUGGCUAACUUUGGUCCAAGAUGACAAACAUUUCCACAAAGGCUUUUUUACCCAACAUGCAGUUCAAGUUUUUAAUUCCUAUAUUCACUGCCACCUAGCUGCUCCAGAUGGCACAAGGAAUUUGACUGCCAAUGGUGUAGCCUCUCGUGAGGAAGAAGAAAUAAGUGAACUUCAAGAAGAUGAUCGAGACCAGUUUUCUGAUCAACUAGCCAGUGUAGGAAUGCUAGGAAGAAUUGCUGCAGAACACUGUAUACCUCUUCUGACAAGUUUAUUAGAAGAAAGAGUAACAAGACUCCAUGGUCAGUUACAGCGACAUCAGCAACAAUUACUUGCUUCACCUGGUUCAAGCACCAUUGAUAACAAAAUGCUUGAUGAUCUCUAUGAAGAUAUUCACUGGCUUAUUUUAGUUACAGGCUACCUCUUAGCUGAUGAUACUCAGGGAGAGACUCCGCUAAUACCUCCAGAAAUAAUGGAAUAUUCCAUUAAGCAUUCAUCUGAAGUUGACAUUAAUACAACACUUCAAAUUUUGGGAUCUCCAGGAGAAAAGGCUUCUUCCAUCCCAGGGUACAACAGAACAGAUUCUGUGAUUAGGCUAUUGUCUGCUGUUCUAAGAGUUUCAGAAGUUGAAUCUCGAGCAAUAAGAGCAGAUCUCACUCACCUACUAAGCCCUCAAAUGGGCAAAGAUAUUGUUUGGUUUCUAAAACGCUGGGCCAAGACUUAUCUCCUUGUGGAUGAAAAACUGUAUGAUCAGAUAAGUCUGCCAUUCAGUACAGCAUUUGGAGCAGAUACGGAAGGUUCUCAGUGGAUUAUUGGCUACCUCUUACAAAAAGUCAUCAGUAACCUCUCAGUCUGGAGUAGUGAGCAAGACCUUGCAAAUGAUACUGUGCAGCUCCUUGUCACUUUGGUGGAAAGAAGAGAAAGGGCAAACUUAGUAAUUCAGUGUGAAAACUGGUGGAACCUAGCUAAGCAGUUUGCAAGCCGCAGUCCCCCUCUUAAUUUCUUGUCAAGUCCUGUGCAGAGGACUCUGAUGAAGGCUCUUGUCUUAGGGGGUUUUGCACAUAUGGAUACAGAAACCAAACAACAAUAUUGGACAGAGGUUCUUCAGCCACUUCAGCAGCGAUUCUUAAGAGUGAUAAACCAAGAAAACUUUCAGCAGAUGUGUCAGCAAGAGGAAAUCAAGCAGGAAAUCACUGCUACGCUGGAGGCCCUUUGUGGCAUUGCUGAGGCUACCCAGAUUGACAAUGUAGCCAUUCUUUUUAAUUUUUUAAUGGACUUCCUUACCAAUUGCAUUGGGUUGAUGGAAGUUUACAAAAAUACCCCAGAGACUGUCAAUCUCAUUAUAGAAGUUUUUGUUGAAGUUGCACAUAAACAGAUAUGCUAUCUUGGAGAGUCCAAAGCUAUGAACUUAUAUGAAGCCUGCCUUACUUUGUUGCAAGUAUAUUCUAAGAAUAAUUUAGGGAGGCAAAGAAUAGAUGUUACUGCUGAAGAAGAACAGUACCAAGACCUGCUUCUCAUUAUGGAACUUCUUACUAACCUUCUGUCAAAAGAAUUCAUAGAUUUCAGUGACACAGAUGAAGUGUUUAGAGGACAUGAGCCGGGUCAAGCAGCAAACAGAUCUGUAUCAGCAGCUGAUGUUGUUUUAUAUGGGGUCAACCUAAUUCUGCCCUUGAUGUCACAGGAUCUUUUGAAGUUUCCAACACUUUGUAAUCAAUACUACAAAUUAAUCACAUUUAUUUGUGAGAUUUUUCCUGAAAAAAUACCACAGCUUCCUGAGGAUCUUUUUAAAAGUCUGAUGUACUCCCUAGAACUAGGAAUGACAUCAAUGAGUUCAGAGGUUUGCCAGCUCUGCCUGGAGGCCCUGACACCAUUAGCUGAACAGUGUGCAAAAGCACAAGAAACAGAUUCACCACUUUUUCUAGCAACUCGGCACUUUCUUAAGCUGGUUUUUGACAUGCUGGUUUUGCAAAAGCACAACACAGAGAUGACCACUGCAGCUGGUGAAGCUUUCUACACUUUGGUGUGUUUACAUCAGGCUGAAUAUUCUGAACUGGUUGAGACAUUACUGUCAAGUCAACAAGACCCAGUUAUUUACCAGAGAUUAGCAGAUGCCUUCAACAAGCUCACUGCAAGCAGCACUCCUCCUACGCUGGAUCGGAAGCAGAAGAUGUCCUUCCUAAAGAGUUUAGAAGAAUUUAUGGCAAAUGUUGGUGGUCUCCUUUGUGUAAAAUAAACAACAAAACUCUAUGCUUAAUAUAGAUCCUUUCUGCAAAGUGCACUGAAUUGCUGAAAGUUGACAUGAGUCUUGUCCUGUUCCUCAGUUCUUUUGGCCAUUUUGGAUUUUGGAGAGCCUGAAACUUCAAUAUGGAAUGCAGUGAAACAGGAGAGGUCAACUUUGAAUCAGCUUCUGCUGUUAGGUGUUAGCCACAAGCUGUCACAUACAUGUCUUCUAGAUUUUAAAUGGUGACUUAAAAUUUUCAAAAUGCAAUUCCAUAUAUGUGCAAACAGAUAUGGGCACCAAGAAAUACAUAUCCAGUGCCUUUUCCCCUUUUAUCAAAGCAUAGGUGGCUAGCCAAAGUUUAGAGUUUUUGUUAUUAAAUAUUAGGUGGAUGUGUUCUAGGCAAUGUUUCUCAAAAUGUUGUCCAUAGACCACCUGCACCUUCUGAGGAUCUGGUGAAAAGGAAGAGUCUUGGGCCCAACCAUAAACCUUUAGUCAGAAUCUGGUGGUUGGACCUUGGGGUCUGCAAUUUAGUAAGCUCCUCCUCUCCAUCACCCCAAAAGUUUUGAAUCAAUGCAAGAGACAUUGAAAACUCUUUAAAGAGGUUUUGUGUUUUUUCAAUGUUUCUUCCCUUUGAUAAUUAGGUUUGUGAUUGAGCAGGAAAAAAAAAAAUCACCAAAUGUUUGUUGGAUUCUUUUUAGUUGAUGUUCUUUCUCAUUCUCUCACACUCUUUAUUCUCUUCUUUGUCUCUCACUCUCUUCUUUCUCUCUCAUCAACCCAUGUUACAGGUUUUGUGUAAUUAAUACAGGUCUCUAAUCAUACUCUGAUGCCUGAACUUGAGGAAAAUAUGUGUAUAUUUUUGUUCCAUAAAAAGAACUUCUAGGAACUGUAGCCAUUUCAUUGCCUUAAUUUUAAGGGCGGGGGGGAGGCAGAUUUAAGUAAGAAAUCAAGUCUUGAUGCUCCAGAGUUGGUUUAGGGUAUUAGCUGCUAUGAACCUGUUGCCCCAUUUGAUUGUGAAUUUAUGUGGGUUUAUGAGUAAAACAAAAGGCUUAUCCCCAUGUAUUUAACUUUCCAAGUGUGUUUCUAUCCAGCCACACAGCCCAUAUCUACUCUGAAUAGCUUGCUUAAGCAAUAACUAUUUUUAAAGGAUGUGAAUUACUGAUUCACACAAUAGAAUUACUGACUAUUGCACGUUGGGGCAUUAGGGGCAAUAAUUAUGAAGUGGGUGUUAAUUCUUGUGUCACAGAAGUCACGCAAAUUUAAUUUCAGAAAUUAAAAAGUCUACUCUAGAUCCUCUAGUUGGAUCUUUCUAAUCAGGAUUUUUAUACUGCUGUCAUGCUUCCUUUAAUAAUGUGUACCAGCUUAAAUUAUGGAAAUGAAAGCUAAUUUAUAAACUGUAGGCAUAUGAAACUUCACGCUUUACAAACCAGAAUCUCACAACACAAUGACAAAUAGAGGAUUCUGGAAUAGGUGCAUUUGAAUCUCUGCUACAGAGGGGUAGACUUUCUCCUUCCACAUAUCCUUAAUAAUUGUCUGCUAACCCACCCUGCAAGUACAGCUAUUAUAUUUGAAUUGCACAUAGCAUAUACAUCUUCACAUGUGAUGCUCUGCAAAACUUUGUGUAACUGUGCUAAAGACAGCAGACAAUACUGGAAGCAUCUAAAUUCAUCCCACCUGUGCAUGUGAUGUUAGAUAUGAGUGAAUAUGAGGUCCAUAGCCAUAACUUUUUGAGGAUCAUUUCUCUUAAUUUGAUCACCACUAACAAUAUAAGUGGAACAAAACAUCUUGCAAGAUUGUGAGGAAGAAAACUAGUAUUACUCUUGAUGAAAGACACAUUUUUUAUAUUUCAAAAAAUACUUUGAAUGAUGUGUUUGUUUUUAGGUUGUUUUUUUUUUUUCCCCCUUGAAGUGAUGUGCAGUAGUGAUCACUUUGCUUUGCAUUGUUUUUGUUUUGUGUUUCUUCACUCCCUCAAGCUUCCUCAGCACUUGUGAGUAGUGUAUAUGUGUGAUAAAUAUGGUCCCUGAGACACACAAGGGCACUGAGACCCAUAACUGACUGGCCAGGACAAAACUAUAAUCAGGUUUGUAUUAAAAGUAAAGAUGGGUAGGAAAGGAAUGCCUUAGUAAGUAAAAAGGCAUCUGUAUUUAAAUAACUCCUAUCCAGACAGAAAUAUUUGCUAAAUUUUCCCAGAUUCUAAUACUCCAAUUUUUGUAGACUAUUUUUAAUUAAAACAACAUUUACUUCAGAUUGGACCAAAUAAUGUUUAAGAGCUCAUCAGAAUGUCAAUUAGUGGCAAAGGGGAUGGGGGUUGACACCACAUUUUAGGUAGUAAGGAUACCACUGAAUUGUACCAGCUAGACUCUUCAGGGUGUUUGUGUAAACGUUUGCCUAAUUGGAUAUUUGUUUAGUCUGGAUCUUUUUCAUUUUCUCAGUUUUGUCUUAAGCUAUGUUUAUUAGCUCUUCAGAUUUUGUUUUACUUUGCUUAAUGCUCUUGGCCCAGUGGGUAUUGAACACUGGCUGAAUUUAGUAAAUUGGUUUUUCCAAUUACAACUGCCUGUUAAUUUGUUAAAGUUUUUUUUUUUUUUAACAAAAACAUUAUUUGUGUUCUUUAUAUAUGUUAAAGGGGCACUGUUAAGUGUUCAAUUUUUAGAUUGUUUUAUUAAAUUUCUGUUGUUCACAUAGUAUCCUCUAAACUUAAGUUUUCCUUGUA